AUGCCCGUUGUUGCAGGUCCUCCUCAAGCCCAUGGGCCCUCCACCUUCGACAAAAUGAAGAUGGGUGCGAUGAUGGGAUCAACUGUUGGCGGUAUCAUGGGCUUCAUCAUCGGAACUGUCACCAUCUUCCAGUACGGUGCCGGCCCCAACGGCGUUAUGCGGACUCUGGGCAAAUACAUGGUUGGGUCUGGUGCGACAUUCGGUCUCUUCAUGUCGAUCGGUAGCGUUAUCCGUACCGAAGGUCCUCAUAACGACGCCUGGCUCCGCGCUCGCGGACCCCCGAUGAUGCUCCCCCGUCAAACUCCUCUGCGACGCGCGCAGGAAUAA